CUACAACAAGUCAAAACAAGGUUGGCGCCACUUCGAACUUGUGAAUUCGUGAGGUUUGUGCCCAGCAGUUACUAAGUCAGUGUUAAUCGCACCUUUUUUGUCAUUAGUGGGUCUUGGUUAUGUACACUCUAGAAAAGAUCUUUCCCCCACUCCCCCGAGUAGUUAGGGGAAAAUCACUUGUUUUCGAUGCAGACCCCAAAGGUAAAAAGCUUAUAUAUGUCACUGGAAACAGUGUCGUUAUUCGCUCAAUUGAGAAUCCUGCUGAUAGUGAUAUGUACACUCAGCACUCAGUAGCUGUAAAUGUUGCAAAAUAUUCACCCAGUGGAUUUUAUAUAGCUUCAGCAGAUAAUAACGGGAAAGUACGGAUAUGGGACACUAUCAACGGGGAGCACUUGCUAAAAUAUGAAUACCAACCAUUCAGUGGUCCUAUAAAUGAUUUGGCCUGGACUUCAGAUAACGCUCGUAUGCUUGUUGGUGGCAACGGUGCUUCAAAGUUUGGAGCAGUAUUCAUGGUUGAAACAGGGACGUCUGUGGGUUCAGUUACAGGCAUGAGCAGAAGUAUCAAUUCCGUCGAUUUUCGACCUGUUCGACCCUACCGUGCCAUUACUGGAAACGAUGAGGGCUUAGUGACCUUCCUUGAGGGUCCUCCAUUUUCAUUCAAGAACUCUUUUCAAAACCAUAAAGGUUUUGUCAAUGUGGUUCGGUACUCAUUGAAUGGAUCAUUUUUUGUUUCCGGUGGGGCAGAUGGAAAGAUAUUCCUUCACGAUGGUGAAAGUGGUGAGAAACUAUCUGAAGUUGGAAGUCCAGCGCAUGAAGGAGGAGUCUAUGCCAUUUCAUUCUCACGGCAAAGUCCUCUCUGUGUUUCUGCUUCUGCAGACAAGUCCAUCAAGUUAUGGAGUGUUGAAGCUAAAACGCUCUCUUACCUUUCAAAGUAUUCGUUUGAAAAUGUUUUAAUGAAUAUGCUACUCGGUUGCACAUGGGUAGGCAAUAAAGUUGCUGCUGUAUCUUUAAGUGGUUCGAUUCAUAUAUUUGAUGUCCCACCUGGAUCGAAGUCUCUCGCUCCACCAAAACUUUCUAUACAUGGGCAUAAACUCCAUAUAACUUGUGCAAGGUUUAGCACGCUUAAUAAUCGUUUAAUUACUGCAAGUUCUGACGGAUCGAUGGCAUCUUGGGAUACAUCAACUGGUUUAGCUGAAAUGUUUUCUGGUACAGAAGCUCAUACUUCACAAGUACAAUCAAUAUCGCUUUUAGGAAAAUAUGUAAUCACUGUUGGUAUCGAUGAUCGAUGUGUUGUCAGUUCGAUAAGUGAACUAAAACACAUGUUAUCUACAAAGCUUCCAUCUCAACCUCGUUGUGUACAAUCAAUGGAAUCAAAUUGUUUAUUAAUCAUUGUUUCAUGUAUUGAACAUAUGGUUUUAUUGGAGGUUAAAAAUAAUUCAUUAGUAUUGUUGGAUCAACUAGACGUUUCACUAGGAAUGUCUACAAUGAGUAUUUCAAAAAAGUUGUCAUUAAUUGUUGUUGGAUCACAGAAUCUAGGUAGUACAUCGUUUCGUAUAUCAUCAAACCAAAAGUUAAAACAAUUAAAUCUUGUCAGUGCUACCAAUGUAACCCCAGAAUUGAUCGAUUUCUCACCUAAUGGUGAAAUACUAGCUUGUGCAAACCCAGAUCGUACAAUGAACUUGUACUCCGUGACUUGUGAAGGAAAUCAAAAUGACCUCCCAACUCUUAAAUCUGCUCUUUCUGAAUGGUGGCUCAGACACUCAGCUAGAAUAACCUGUAUCAGUUGGAGUCCAAAUGGUCGUCGCUUGGCCACUGGAAGUAUUGAUAGUUCUAUUGUUAUUUGGUCAUUAGAUGAACCAAGAAAACAGGUGGUUUUGACAGCGGCUCAUCCUAUGAGUAAUAGCACUGGAUUAUGUUGGCUCAGUGACGAUCGUUUGUUAAGUUCAGCGCACGAUGGAAGCAUUCGUAUAUGGCGUGUGUAGAAUAAAGUAUAGUUCGUAUUCUAUCAGUCUCUUGAAAUGUUGUUUCCCAGAAUAUUUGUUUACGAUUUGAUUCAUGUACUUGUUUCCCGCUUUCAAUAUUUAUGUAAUAUGAAGUGUUUUGGUUUUCACUUUUUUUCUUGAAUACCAGUAUUUUAUUUCUUUCGGGUCAGUUUUUAAAAAAAAUGAAAAUCUUUUUUAGUUUAA